AAGACGUCAGUCUAAUAUGGCGGCACACAUGAUGGUUCGUUCGUGUUUACUUCUCCGUGGAGUGCUGUUUCCACGGGAUUUGAAACCACAUACUUUUUCGAUUGAACACAGUGAUAAUACGUUGCAGUCCACCAAAGCUUGCUACGGGACCAGAGGAACGGACUCCACACAGGUUUGUUAGUUUAUUGCAUAAUUAAGCCUUUAUUUUCUCUGUGUAAGGAACAACCCAACAGACUCUUUAAAUCAGACUACGAUUAUCAGAUCUAUUACCUUUGUAUAAAAGCCAAAUCAAAGAGCUUCCCGAGUUCAUAUUUUGAUUUACAUAGCAGUCUGAGUUGUUUAAUUAGAAUGUUAAAUGUUUUCAUCAUGUUUUCACAUUUUCACUCAUUCAGACCAUAGACUGUAUAUACUAUGGACAACUUGCUACAAUUCAACUUUGAUUUAGGUGUCAGAAACACAACAGCAAACACAGACAUUUGACUUCAAUGAUCUUUAUAUCAUUAUUCGAGCGUUGUGGUCAGACCUUGAACAGUUUUUUGGCUUUCUUUGUAAAAAAAAAAAUAAAUCAAAUCUUCACAAACUCUGUAAACUCACAGUUUCAUGAUCUUUACAUCACAACACACUGUUCAGUUUUGUGUUAUCUUCUUUUACAGGAGGACCAAGUGAACAUUCCAGUAGGUAAAUAUACAGAUGUAUAGGCUUUUCACUUAAAACACACUUCCAGAGUACUUUUCCUUUGGUUCUUUUCACAUUAUAUCUCUGAUUCUUUUAAAUCUUAGAGCGUCUGACAGUUUCUUACAGCAGAAGUAGUGGUCCUGGUGGUCAGCACGUCAACAAAGGUUCGUAAAGUUUGAUCUUUUCUCCUGGUGUGAAAAAGAUAUCUGUAUUUGCCAAAGUGACAAGUAACUCUUCUCCUGAAUCUUUUCCCUUAUUUUCUCCUGUAAAAAAAUCCUAACCCACAGUCAGCACAAAAGCAGAGGUCCGUUUCCAUGUACUAACAGCAGAGUGGAUUUCAGAGGAUGUUCGGCAAAACAUCUUUGAAAAGGUCUGUUUUUACAUGCUCUGAAAUUAAGGAAAACAUCUGAACUCUGAAACAAUUAAUGUGAAUACUUUGAAUAGACUCUUUUACAUCAUAUUAUCAUCAUAUUUCUGUUUUCUCACUUUUUUCUGUGGUAUUUGUCACCAAGUUGUCAUAGAAAAAGGGAAAAUAGUAGGUACUGACCAUAGACUGUAUAAAGAAUGGACGCCAUCUGCCUCCUUACCGGGUGAGGCCACCCUGAGAACAGCACACUCUAGUGACUGGCUGCAGUAUAGGUCAUAAAUCCCACCUCCUCCAGCAAAGCUUAUAGCGCUGUGGACUAACUUUAGAAUACACAGAAUAUAAAUUUCUCUCCCCCCUGCUUGCGAUGUUGACAUGUAGUUACUGUAAGACUGGUUAGUUGACACUUGAUGCAGCCUAUGGGCGUACGAAGAUUGCGUAGCUCACCUGGGAAAAAUCGCGGAAAUACUGAGAGCUUUUCCUGGGUGAGCUUCAAAGAUGGCUUCAAAUCCGUAUACUGGCGGAAGGCGGAACCAAGUUGUCCGUAGUGUAUACAGUCUAUGGUCCUAUGUUAAAGUCCUUAUGUGAGUCUUUGAAGUCUACUGUAUGAUUUCUUUAUUUAAUGGCACAGAAUAAAAACCGCAUCAACAAGGCUGGGGAGCUGCUGAUAACCUCAGAGCUGAGUAGAAGUCAGCACAGAAACCUUGCUGAUUGUAUAGAAAAGAUUUCUGCUAUCAUAGCUGAGGCCAGUGAGACACCUUAUGAGCCAACAGCAGAGGACAUCGCGCUAAGAGCAGCCAGGUAUUGUGCACUGUUUCAGCACUUUAUCUAUCCACCUUUAUUAUAAAUGAGUUGUUUCUGACCUGAGGUUUGCUGUGCAGGUUAGAAAAGAGAAACAAAGAGAGACUCAGACAGAAGAAGAUCCACUCUACUACCAAGAAAAGCAGACGGCAGGAUUUUGACUGACUGCUGAAUGGCUACCUCUCAUGAUUGUAGUCAAUGUGACAUAUAUUAUAUGUUAUAUGAAUUUCUGAAUUUACUUUUUUUUCUGCAAGACAUAAAUCAUGACAAAGAUGUGUAAUAACAUAAAUUAAAAGCAUGUAUUUACAAAAUUGUGUGAAUAAAGAAAGUUGGUGAUAAAACUGUG